AUGGCCGAAAGUGAUCACAGGCGGAUCCCUUACUCCCUGCACCCAGUCCCUGAGGUCGAGGAAAGCCAUCUUUCCAACUCACAAACAGGUCGCGACAACAGACCCUCGCCACCUGGAUUUCUCCUUUCGUCUCCCAUCUUCCGCCGAGAUGGCUAUCGGCCAAUGCCCUCUGGCUCUAUUGACCUUUCAUCUUUAGACGGUGUUACUGAAAACCAGCACGUGGCUCGACCCGACACCUCCUACAGUCAAGAAAGCGACCCUCUCGGUAUUUCAGUAAAGGGGAUCGCAAAACGUGUGUCCUUCACACGCGUACCUGUUGGCUCUAAAAGCAGCUCACCCGCUACGCCUCGUUUCAACAACGGAUCUCACGGCUCGCCAGAGUCUGGAACUACAUCGCCUCGAGCAGAGUCUGGACCUGCAUCACUUGCUCAGAACCCAGAUCAGGACCUCGUCUCGCCUCUGGAGGAAACGCCAGUCACAUCGCCAAACUCUUUGAGAACAGCUACACGCAUGGGAAAGUCGACAAUGCCUUGGGACGAUCCGCCUAGAGAUGACGACGGACAUCGACAAGAUGCGACAUCAGUGGGAUCAGACAGGGGCAACAGCGCGCAAAUGCGCAACGAUCACGACGCAGAAAAUAACGAUUCUCAUGACGACGAUGAGACCUUUUACAAGAGAUACAGCCAUGUGCCACAUUAUUGCGACUCACGGAAGGACGUUCACAGAAGAAGAGCGAAUUGGCUCUCCAUCUCGAUUAUAGCACUUUCAAUUUACUCAACAGGCCUCAGCUGUCUAUGGUUUGUCGUCGCCGUGGUGCAACCACGAUGGGGACCGACAAUCUCAUCCAGUGGCGGCAUCGCCCCUUCAACGGCCACCAUGGUCUGCGCAAUGUUCGCGAAGACGAUUGAAAUAUCUUUCGUGACGGUCUUCGUGGCCUUCAUUGGUCAGGUUUUGACACGUCGGUCAUUCGUCAAGUCGUCCAAGGGGAUGACCUUGGCCGAGAUGACGAUGAGAAACUGGGUCAUUCAACCCGGGUUCAUGUUGACGCAUUGGGAAACCCUUCCCUACGCCGCAGUCACAUUCCUCGGAGCGGUCUCCCUUAUCGCGACCAUCGCGUCGACGUUCUACACCACCGCGUCUGACGUCAUGGUUUCACCCAAGCUGAAAUACGGCGGCUGGGAGAGCAAGGCGUUGAAUGGUUACGUUUUAUCUUCUUACGCAAACACUUUUGCUACGCAGGAUAGCUGCCCGACACCCCUGCGCAAAGAAGAUCCAAACGGACCGGAGUUUGCUGCCAGAUCGUGCUUGGACAUUCAGUAUGCCGGGCAAUUGUGGGACGAGAUUAAACAUAAUGGUACGGGCGCCUCUUUGGACAUGUCUCAUCGGCCUGUGGGAACCACGCUGUUGUACGACAACACGACUUUAACUACGACCUGGGUCAAAACGGAAUACAGCAAUGUAACUCGCCAGUUCGAGGAGAAGGGGCGGAUCAUUCACAAUGUAACCCUUGCAAUGCCCCAUCCCGGUGUAUAUGAUGCCGCAACAAACCCCGUGAAUAAGAUCUUCCAACCCAACGAUCUUUCAGGUGUUGGAGAGUAUGCUAUUAGAGCGAGCGUCGUCUCCCCUGUCAUCAAUGUUAUGUGCGUUAAUAUGAACGAGGAGGAACUGGCUCCUCUUAUCUAUACGAAAUGGGACAAUAGCCAAACAAAUGCAACCGGAGUUGGCAACCAGACUACCGGUUGGGCCGGUUGGGAGGCAGAGGUGCCUCACCCCGAGGAAGAUGAGUGGCUCAACCGAACAACGGUCGAUGACAUUUUCCACUGGGGGCCAACAUACGGACGUCGGCCGCCCGUGUUCCAGCUUUAUCCUGCAGACUUCAACAUGAUUACCAACACUACGGUGUAUCAAGGAGAUGCCAUUUACCUUCUGGCCAAAUCGGCUUCCAUCACCAACUACACGCUUUGUGAGAUGCGUUCCUGGGUCACGCCGAACUGCUCGACUCAUUUCAACAUCUCUGGCACCGCUGGUUCACAUAUGCAGGCUCACUGCGAAGAUCCCGAUGACCCAGACAGAUACGACCGUUCCGUGCCUGAGGUCACGCCUGAAAAGCCUGAUGGCGAUUGGAAGAACAUCGCAGAUCAAUGGCGACUCUCGAUGGAUAUCAACGGCGGAACGGUGAACAAUAACGCCUCCAACGCGCGAACACUCACGCAAUUCAUUCUAGAACAGGGCAAGCUCAACCCGCUGCUUCCCUCCAUGGCCGAAGCGCUCGCCGUCUUCGCCUCAUCGACUUUGGUCAUCGGCAGUUUAGGGACGCCCUUCAUCCAUUACUGGGACUACGAAACGAUGCAGCUGGGAGAACCAGGUGCUCUCGCUACGUUUAACGCCACGAUCCGCACGCAGGAGUACACCUCUUCACAUGAGUACGAAUGGCAAAACAUAUUCUAUCUGGCUCUGGUCCUUGUUUUGCUCAUCAACAUCUUCUGUCUGGGCUACUUUCUCUCACGCUCGGGUCUGGUCACCGACUACACAGAACCACAGAAUCUCUUUGCGCUGGCUGUCAACUCGCCGCCGAGCGAGCAACUCAAGGGCAGCUGCGGCGGCGGUCCCAUCAAGGCCGACUUCGUGGUACCCUGGAAAGUGGCUUACGCCAAAGGGCCAAACCACUACUUCUUCGAGGAAGCCAACGGGCAGACUUGGCGUAAGAAGCAAGACGCCUCGGCCGACACGGAAUACCAGCGCGCUAGGGAGCGGAGCAGUUACAAGAGGCUCAGCACAAGCCGCACGUGGUUUUAA